ACCCUCUGGUGCUCUUCGGUCACUUUUGACCGAAAAAUUUUGUGUUUUGAACUGUUAAAAAUCACAGCUUAAUCAGAAUGGUACGAAACUUGGUGACACUUAUGGCAUUUGGAAUGUGAACACAAAAAAAAUUGAGGGCAUGAUUCGAGUAUGCUAAGUGGUCGUAAAAAAAAAAUCACACUUUUGUUGUCUUUGGUCAGAAAUGACCGACCAUAGGAAAUGAAUGGGAAAUCGACAAAAAUUCUGAUAAUUUUUGUGUGUACAAUCUACAAAUCAGCCACAAUGCUGAAAAAAAGUACACAGCAGUAAAGAGAUGACACUCUAAAACAGGGGUAUUCAACUAAAAUUUAAAGAGGUCCAGUUAGAGAAAAUUUCUUGAAGCAAAGGUCCGGAAGAUCAUAAUGGUUCACUAGUUAGUGUGAUUAUAUAUUUAAGUAUCCUAGUAGUUGCAUCAACAUCUACAAACAUGUAAUCAAUUCCUGGCUGUCAAAUCAAAUUAAUUCAGUACAAUUCAAAAACUUUUUGACAAUAUUUGUCAUGUAACAUAGAACUGAACAUAUAUGUAUGACUGUAGAUAUAAUUUUCUCUCAUUAACUAAAUAAAGUAGGGCUACAUUUCAAAAUAAGAGAAAAUAAAAAAAAAAAUGAAAAUUGUGCUUGUUCAAAUGAAGUGCUUAACUUCAGAAAAAUAAAAUAAAGUGAGGAAAAGCUUGAAUUUCCCCUUUUCUGUUUCACAUCUUGAUUCAGUCUCAACCAAUUUUACAGAUAAUAAAUCUCAACACAUCUUAACAAUUGGACAGUUUUAGAUAUCACUUUUUUUUUUCUUUUUUUUUUCUUCAAAAUAAAGAGUUGUAGUAUAACCAGCAGGACAGCAGUGAGGCGUGAACUGAAUUUGGUGACAGCACAGUGUAUUACAGUGAAGUUAUUGAAUAUUUUUCAUAAUAAAAAAAAAAUCACAAAUUAUGCAAAAAAAAAAAAAAAAAAAUAUAUAUAUAUAUAUAUAUAUAAAAUAAUUAGCUAAACAGUAGCUUGUUGCUAAUGUCAUUCAAUUCUCGCCUGUUUCUCUCCCUUUCUCCGUCUCACUCGCCUGUUUCUCUCCCUUUCUCCGUCUCACUCGCCUGUUUCUCUCCCUUUCUCCAUCUCACUCGCCUGUUUCUCUCCCUUUCUCCGUCUCACUCGCCUGUUUCUCUCCCUUUCUCCAUCUCACUCGCCUGUUUCUCUCCCUUUCUCCAUCUCACUCAUCUGUUUCUUUCCCUUUCUCCGUCUCACUCGCCUGUUUCUCUCCCUUUCUCCAUCUCACUCAUCUGUUUCUCUCCCUUUCUCCAUCUCGCCCAUCUUUUUCUCAUCUUUCACUGGCUCAGCCGUCCGUUUCUCUCCUUUUGUUUUCUAUGUGUAUCGCUAUCUUUCUUUUUCUUUCUACCUUCUUUUCAUGUGUAACUUGCCUCUAACUUUCAUAUCUAUCUGCACUGUAGAGUCAAAGUUUACCGCCUGGGAUGCGCGGACUUGAUUGGCUGAGUGGUAUCACAUGGGAUGGCUUAACUUGCAUGCAGUUGGUCUGUGCGUUUCAUCAUCCGCUAAACCACUACCAUAAAGACUACAAAAGCUGCGCCCGUAAAAUAGAAGCGCCCCGUCAUGUUUUAAAUCAUAACCUUCUGUUUUGGCUGUAGGUCUGGGUCCGUAUGGGACGGCUUCUGGGUCCAGACACGGACCGUGGUCUGCCUGAUAAAAUGUUUGUUCCAAAUUACUGUAAAGGAAACUUAAAUAAAAAAUGGCUUCCACAAUCCAUCUUGGAGAGGAGGAUUCAGAAUUCACUGUCAAAAGACAACAAAGAACAGUUACUGAAUGUCAAUGGAAAAGGGAAGAAAAGAAAAACUAAAUCUACCAAGAAAAACCAGACAAGUGUUUCUGUUAAAAAACAAUCAAAAAAGAAAUGCAAAGUUCCCAAAAGCAAAGCUGUAGCCAGGACGUUAUCAGAAUCUUCCUGCAUCUCUCUCUGUGAGGAGCAGGGAAAACAACAUGAGACACAUGAGGUUUUAGCUUCAUGUUCAGAUGCUGAACACUCAGAUUCUUCCAAUUGCGGACAACCACUUAAUAAGCAGAUCAUCCAGUGUGCUGAGAACUCGCAUGGAAGUAAUUUAGUGGUAAUUGAAGAGACACAGACACACGCUGUAGAGGCAGUCAGUCGAAUGGAGCAUGAGGAUGACAUGAGGUCAGGAACUGACAGUUACCUGCCCAACAAAAGCAAUUUUGUUCCACCCCAAGGGGGAGACAUUUCUGUACAAAAUGAAAUUCAACACACUGACAGUGACAUUGGCUCAAUGGAUUUAUUCAGUUCAUUGAACAGUCAGGAGCAUAAGAACAAUCAAAUUCAUAAAACCGCAUCUAUUACAGCGAACAUAGAGGAGAGCGAUCAAGACAGUGAUGUAACUCAAAUAGAGACUGAGGGACAGUCUGAGUCUAUAUUUGGACCAGGAACACCCAGAUGGUGUGAUGGUGAACAUCGUGCACAUGAGGACGAUGAAAGUGACAUAACUCAAAUAGAGACGGAAGGAGAAUAUGUGUCUGUGUUUGGACCAAGAACACCAACCAAGCAGUUUACAAUUCAAGAUGUCAACAGUACCAAACUCUCUGAAUCCCAAAAGACAGGUCAGAGUUCUGUUGUCCUACAUACUGAACUGUUCUCAAGAAGAGAGGAUAAAACAAGGCAUAAAAAGAAAAAGAAAAAAACAAAGUCAAGCUUUCAUAAGGAUACUGAAGUUACAGGAAUAGAGGAGACUGUGACUGUGCAACCAUCAUCUAAACAUUUACCACUAGCUAAUGAACCAUUAAGAGAAGUUUACUCAAGUUCCUGUGAGCAUGUUAUCGUGGGUAAACAAAGAAGGAUGGUAGAGAUGGAAACAGAUACUCAAGAUAGUCCUUUGUUUAAAAAUGGUGGAAUGAGCUUUCUUAAACGAAAAAGAAAGGGUAAGAAGAAAAUGGGUGCUGCUAUUUUGAUGGAAUGUGAUACAGAUGUAGAUGUGAGUCAGAAAGUGAGCUCUGAAUUUCAAGCUGAUGUUGCUGAACUUAAAACAACAUGCAGAGAAAACAGGGAAUUAUUUGAUGUGGAGAAUAGAGUAACAAAUGAAGAGCAAACAGCAACAUCAGUUUUACAGUCAGAGGAGGCGUCUGAGCUCUUGGAGGAAAUUAUUUUAUCUACGUUUGCAGAUAGCAGUGUUAUCAAAAAGGCUAAGAAGAAAAAGAUGAAAAUGUACAAAUUAAAAGAGCGUGAGGAUGCAGAGCCUGGUGUAGAAAAUCAGUCAGUUGAGGCAGUCCAGUUCAAUCAGCCACAAACUACUGAGCUGACACUCAAAAGUACAAAAAAGAAGAAGAGGAGAAAAGACAAAGAGAGGACAAAGACUGCAUAUGUAGAGGAGAAUAGUGCUACAGACAUCCCAUCAAAUGGAACUUUGGACUCUGAUAGACCAACAGAGUUGAGAGUAAAUGAAGGGGAUCAAUCCAGUGAAGCUCCUGAGGCUGGUCAACCUAAGCAUAUGCAGACUUCAGAGGAAAUUGCAGGGUCUCUGUCGCCUAAUGUAACUAGAUUAAAAUCAGUGAAGAAAAAGAAGAAAAAAAGAGAUGAGACUGAGUCUCAAUAUGAAUCUGUUGAUCUGAAUGUGAGUUCUAUGUCUCAGUUUGAUGCUGGCCUCAGAGUGGUUGAACAACAGGAAGAUCAGGUCAUUGAAGAAAGACGGAGCAAUGACAAUGCAGCUGAACAUUUAGAAGGUAAUACAGCAAGUAUAUUAAAGGUUGCCAAACGCAAAAAGAAAAGACAGAAUGUAAGUUCUCCAUCUCAAAGUAAUGACGUUAUUGGACCGGAAAAACAAGUGUCAUGCAUGCAGUCAGAGAACGCAGCAGAACCAAAUAAUUUGGGUUCAGAUGACAUAGUUAUUACAAAGGACAAACAGAAAAAGGCAAAAAAGCAGAAACUAAAAGAGCGAAAGACAAUAGAGCUUGCUUCAGAUAUUAAGGACAUUGUGCAGAUUCAAUACAGUGAGUCACAAACUACUGAUAUGCUAUCCAGAGGAACAAAAAAGAAGAGAGCAAACAAGGACAGAGAAAGAACAGUUAGCUCAUCAAAUAAACACUUGGAGCACAUGGAUGAUAGACCUCCAGAAAUGAGAGGAAUUAAUGCGAUUCAGUCCAAUGAGGCCACUGAGACAGAUCAGAUUGAGCAUUUACAGUCAUCAGAGGGAAUUACAAGAUAUAAAUCACCCAGUAUAACUGUACUAAGCUCAGGGAAGAAAAAGAAGAAAAAAAGGGAUCAGAGUGAGGAACGUCAAUAUGAAUCUGUUGAUUUGAAUCUGGAUGUGAGUUCUGUCUCUCAGUUUGAUGUCACUGCACUGAGAGCACAAAAGAUGAUUAAAAGAAGGCAGAGCGAUGCAGCUGAAAAUUUCGAAGGUAAUGCAGCACAUAUAUUAAAUGUUGCCAAACGCAAAAGGAAAAGUCAGAAUGCAAGUGCUCCAUCUCAAAUUGUUGACAUAAUUGGACUGGAAAAUGCUGUAUCAGACUCACAGUCAACAAACACUGCAGAACUUGUGGAAAAAGCAAAUUCAUCUGGCCUUUCAGAUAACACGUUGUCCAGUAAGUAUAAACGGAACAAGAAGAAAAAGCACAAAAUAAAAGAGCAGGAGGAUGCAGAGCCUAAUGCAGUUACUCAUAGUGUGGACAGUGUUCAUUCGAUUGAGACGGAUCAGUUCAAUGAGUCACAAACUACUGAGCUGACACUCAAAAGAACAAAAAAGAAGAGAAAAGACAAAGAGAGGAAAAAGACAUCAUACAUAGAGGAGAAUGGUACUACAGAUAUCCUGUCAAUUGAAACUUUUGAAGCUAUUGAGACUGAUCACCUUGAGCAUUUACAGACAUCUGAGCAAACUGAACAAUGUCCCUCACCUAAUGUAACUAGAUUAAAAUCUGUGAAGAAGAAGAAAAAGAAGAAUGGCAGUGAAGAGUGUCAGUAUGAACCUGUUGAUUUUGCUUUGGAUGUGAGUUUGGUGUCUCAGUUUGAUAAUGUAACUCAUAGAUCAAAUACUCAAACUGUUGAAGAAAGGCCAAAUGAUGUUGAACAUUUGGAAAGUAAUACAGAAGCUAAAUUAAAUGACACUAAACACAAAAAGAAGCGGAAACGGUCAAGUUUUUCUAUUGAUUACAAUUCUGACUUCAACUCUUCUGCUGCACAAAUGCGAGAAACUGUAACACCCGAGAGGAAGAUGAAGAAAAAAAGAUUCUGAUUGCAUCACAAAUGUAGGCGGUGAAUGGACUUUGGAAUGUUCUUAUCAUACAGUGCAGUUUUUCUGAAAGGCCUCAGAGUUCAAUGUCGAAACCACCUGAGAUGAUUCCAAAGAAACUGAAGAGAUAAAAAAAGUGAGGAAAUGAAUGAAAGCAUAAGUCACAUACUGGACGAUAGAGCAGAAUUAUGGACAAAGGGGAUUGACUCAGUCAUACAACACAGCAAUGCAGACAGACAGGCCAGCAUUAUUACCUCAUUGUGAGAUUCUGGGGUUUCUGCAGAUAAUACAAAGGCGAAAAAAGAAGAGGAAGGCGUAAACUGAAAAUAAUAUUAAGGAAAUCUCCAUGUUUCCUAACACUGACUCGCCUAUAGCGGUAAAUUGAGAUUACACACCCAAAAGACUUGAAAAGCAGAGGCAAAGGUGUCAUGACAGAGCAGGUUCUGUUCAAACUGAGUGUAAUGGGAAUUUCUUUUAGUCAUACAAAAAACAUGAUACAUAUGAAGAGAAUAACCUAAAGGAGGGAUCAAGAGAAUCAUCUGCGUCUCAGACUGAUGUGUUGUUGCACAACUAACAUACGAAAAGAUGAAAGCACUGAGAGUUUCAUUCAUAAUAAUGGUGUAUUAGCUCUAAGAAAGAACACAGGAGAAGGAAAAUGAUAGAAAAUAAUUAUGCAGAGGUUGAUAUGUUGUGGUUUUAGACCUCAGACCUUUAGACCUUCAGAAGAAAAACAAGCCAAUCUUAACCUCUCUGACAUUCAAGAGAAGAUUAGCCAAAAGUAUUGGUAAAAGAUUUUCUGUUCAGGACAAAUUUUUAUUUAAUUUAUUUUUAGAUAAUUGUUUGUGAUGCUCAGCUUGAUUUCAUUUAAAGCAAGAUAAAAUAAUACAAAAAAGUAUUUUGGUAGUUCAUUGUUUUACAAAACAUAUUUCCUGAAAUAACAUACAUACAUCUGUACAUUUAUUAUUUUUCCUUUUGUUUUGUAGAAAUGUAUAUGAUCAAUGAUCUGGGGAUCUUUUAAAUAAGAAAAAAUAAAUUAAUUCAAUUUAUUCAUUCAUUGUGCAGUCAUAUUAUACAGUGUCAUCUAGAACACAGUAUCCAUUUUAUCAUCAGAAUCAGCAUUUUUAUAGAGAAUCAAUACAUUUGGUCAGUAUAAUUGUGAUCUUAGAGUAAGCAUAUAGUGUCCAUAAUGGUAAUGUACAGAGAAAUAAAAUGUAAUGGGAUUCCCCCAUGUAAUAAACACAUCUUUACUGACCUGA